AUGAAUAUGCCAGUCAUUCAAUCAACCGCAUCAUCACAUUGAGUACAAUUGAAUAUUUUAAAUCAAAGUUUAAUAAUUAAAAAAAUAAAAUAAUAAUAAAAAUGGGUUUAGUACGUGGAUUGGAGCAUGAUCGAAAUUUCCAAACUGAAUUAGCCAGUGCUGGAACAAAACUUGUGAUUGUCGAUUUUACAGCAACUUGGUGUGGACCGUGUCAGAGAAUAGCUCCAGCCUUUCAGCAGUUAUCAACGAAAUAUCCGAAUGCAGUAUUUUUGAAAGUAGAUGUUGAUAAGUGCGCUGAGACAGCGGCUAGCCAGAAUGUCAGCUCGAUGCCAACAUUUAUAUUUUAUCGCAACCGGACUAAAAUUGACAUGUGCCAGGGUGCUAAUGCAACCGAAUUAGAGGCUAAAAUAGUUGAACACUAUGGAAGCGGUGGUGCUGGUGGUGCUGGUGAUGAUGAUGACGACACUGAAGCUGUUGCUGGACAUAUGGACUUAUCCUCAUUUAUAAUUAAGAGCCAAUGUGAAUGCUUGAAUGAAUCAGACGACCAUAAUCUAGAGCACGGUUUAACUGCCGAAGGUUCUGGUUAUCUUGAAAGCGAUUGCGACGAACAGUUGAUUAUUUCAAUAACAUUCAGACAAGCGGUCAAAAUUCAUUCAUUGAAAAUAAAAGCCCCAACUGAUAAAGGCCCUAAAAAUUUAAAGCUCUUCAUCAACCAACCGAGGACUAUUGAUUUUGAUAUGGCUGAUUCAAAUACUUCAAUACAAGAUUUAACGUUAACACCUAAAGAUCUCGAAGAAGGGUCUCCAGUACCACUGCGUUAUGUUAAAUUCCAAAAUGUAAUGAAUUUACAGAUAUUUAUUAAAGAUAAUCAAGGUGGUUGUGAAACAACCCAAAUAAAUCAUUUAGCAAUUUACGGUUCACCGAUUGUGACAACAAAUAUGGGAGAUUUCAAGCGUGUAGCCGGAAAGAAAGGAGAAAGCCAUUGAUCAUCAUAAAUGUAUUUUAAUUUUUUUUUUUAUAAAUUAUCCGUUUCGUCAAUAAUAUCAUCACAAUUAUUAAAUUUACUAAAUUUUUUAGUUACAAUUAGUUGAAACAAAAAAAAAAAAAAAAUUCAUUCUUUGUUGCAUUUUAAUAUUAAUUA